AUGGAGAAUCUGUUAUCAACCAAAGGAGAGUUCAAAGUUGUACCAGAGUCUUACAUAUUGCCACCUGAAGAUAGACCUGGCAAUACCAAAGUUCCUCUUUGUGAUACCAUUCCUGUGAUUGAUUUCAAAGGAAAACAAGCUAAACUUGUUCACCAAAUCAUUCAUGCUUCCAAAGAAUUUGGAUUCUUCCAGUUGGUUAAUCAUGGGAUUGAGGAGAAGCUAUUACAAGAUGUAUUAGAAGUGAGCAAGGAGUUUUUUGAGCUUCCUGUUGAGGACAAAGCAAGCUUCAUCAGUGAUGACCCCAUGAAAAGUUGUAAGAUCUUUACCAGCAUUGAUUAUCCAAGAGAGGAUGUACAUUAUUGGAGAGAUGUUUUGAGACACCCUUGUCAUCCUCUAGAGGAACACAUCCAAUUUUGGCCUCAAAAGCCAGCUAAAUAUAGGGAUGUGGUUGGGGCUUUCACAGCUGAGGUGAGGAAGUUGAGUGUGUGUCUUUUGGAUCUGAUUAGUAAAGGGUUAGGACUUGAGCCUGGAUACUUCCAGGACAAAGCUGAACUCCUUGAAGCUCAGUUGAUGGCUAUAAAUCAUUAUCCACCAUGCCCAGAUCCAAGUUUGACCUUGGGAUUACCUAAACAUGCUGAUGCUAACCUCAUAAGUUUCAUUCUCCAAGAAAUGGAUGGUCUUCAAGUCUUAAAAGAUGAGCAAUGGCUUGCACUUAAGCCUGUCCCAAAUGCAUUCGUUGUCAACAUUGGCCACAUUUUACAUAUUAUCAGCAAUGGGAAGCUAAAAAGCGCUGAACACAGAGUUGUGACAAACAAAAAUCUUCUACGGACAACUAUUAGCAUCUUCAUUUAUCCCUCCCACAGUUGCCAAGUUGAACCAGCAACAGUUCUCACCAACGAUGAUAAUCCUCCACUCUAUCGAGCUUUCAUUGUUAAAGAUUUUCUGGGCACCUUUAUGGUAGAUACUUACCAGAGAAAACCACCACUUGACCGCUAUAUGCUCCAAAGUUAG